AUGCAUCUCGAUAGGCAGUUGCUUGGUGCACUUUUGGUUCUGUACUGUGACGAACUCCAGUUGACCAAUGAGAGUGACACACUACGCGCUCCUCUGUGGGAGAAAGCCCAAAAGGAGAAGCUGGGUGACACGGCUGAAAAGAAGGAGGAAACCAAUGCCCGCGAACGGCGGAAGGAUCGAGAAAAUGGAAAACAUGAAGAGAAGAGCCGGGCGAGGGACAAGGACCACAAGGAGCGAUAG